UCCCACACAAAAUGCCUAAGAAGAAAGUAGUGAAGAAGAAGACAAAGCCAAGGAAGAAGAAGGAGGAAGAGAAGCAACAGGAGGAACAGCAGGAGGAACAGCAGGAGGAACAGGUUGAGGUGAAGAAGGAAGAGGUGGUACAGAAGAGGGAUGAAGAGCAGCAGCAAGGACAUCCAGUGGGGGAAGAGGCUAAGGAAGAGGAGAAGAGAGAUAAAGAGGGGGAUGAUAAGCAACAGGAUGUGCAGAAAGUGACAGUUUCUAGUGUAUCGAUAAUUAAGAAUGAUACCUCCAAGUUUAUCACGAAAGAACAGAGAAUGGCGAGAUUUGCAACCCAGGAUCCUUCGAAGGUGAAUACCUUUAGUGUGAAAAAUCUGGGUGUCACUACAAGUCUUUCAAAGCAAGAUGACUUUGAAAAGAAAAAGUUAGAGCGCAUGAAAAGAUUUGGAAUAGUUCCUAAAACUUUAGAAAGUCUCCCGACAACCAAAAAUAAUAAGAAAGGAGCAAGGGAAAAUGAUCCUGAAUUUUUAAAGAGAAAAGAAAGGAUUUCUAGAUUUGGGGCUGACCAAUAUAUCGAUGCUCUUAGACAAAAGAAAAGAUUCAAGAAAUAGAAAAGAAGUCAUUACAAGUUU